UUUAAAUUAUUUCUAGCUAGAAUUGAUUUCAUGAAAUAGAAAGAGCUUUUAUUCGUACAAAGUGCUUAGCGUGGGGAGAGAGGAAGGAAAAUGAAUCUCCGCGAGCAAGCGGAGGUCAAUUCUAUGACCUAGAAUCACAGGGGCUUUAAAGGAUCUUUCAGAGGUCCGACAGGCCCCUUGCGUAGGACUUGGGAAAUAAAGGCAGGAUGGGGCGUGGCAAGGGCGUCAUGGAAGGCUUUAACAGAAUGGUCCCGUAGGUUUAGCCACACCCCCAAAGAAGGCCGAGGCUCCUGAUUUUGCCACCCCACCCCAGGAUCUCCGAGUGGUUCUAAGGGAUCAAGGACCGGCAGUCUUUUCCCACACCCCAAACCCGGCAUUCUCUUGUUCCGAGUCAGCCUCCGCUUUCCCUAAGCCCUUCCCGAGAGCAUCUUGGCACCCGAAGCUCCUUCGCAGAGUUCCAGUCUUCCGGACGAAAGGUUUGAAGCAUGUCAGAGUUUUGGUUAGUUUCUAUCCCUGGAAACAAGGAAGAUUUGGAGAUCCUGGAGCAGGUGCUCAAUUUCACCUCCAAGUCGAACCUGUCCCUCAAUACCAACUUCGAGAUUCCCGAUUUCAAGGUGGGGACUUUAGAUUCUCUUAUUAGCCUUUCAGACGAAUUGGGGAGACUCGAUCCCUUUGCCGAAAGCCUAAUGAAGAAAAUGACUCAGUGUGUUGUAGAAGUGACGGAAGCCAAGAAAGGUGAAGUACAGGAGUACCUCUUGGCCCAUGGAGUCACCUUAGCUUCCUUCGUGACUCACUUUGAAUGGGAUUUGAUCAAAUAUCCGGCUAAGCAGCCGUUGGGGGAGAUAGCGGAAGAGUUAAGGAAGCAGCUGACCCAAGUGGAGACAGAUCUGAAAACCAGAAUCUCGGCCUACAAGAAACUGAAAAGAAACCUAGAGACUAUGGAAAAAAAACUGUUGGGGGGCCUCUUCACUCGGUCACUGUCAGAUAUCGUGAGCAAAGAGGAUUUCGUAUUGGAUUCUAAAUACCUCGUCACCCUUCUGGUCAUCGUUCCCAAGAUGAGUUAUCCUCUGUGGCAGAAAACGUACGAAUCCCUCUCAGACAUGGUGGUCCCUCGAUCGACCAAGCUGAUCGCCGAAGACAACGAGAGCGGCCUCUUUACCGUCACCAUGUUCCAGAAAGUGAUCGAGGAUUUCAAAGUCAAGGCCACAGCCAACAAGUUCAAGGUUCGAGACUUUUUUUAUGAUGAAAAAGAAAUCGAAAGCGAAAGGGAAGAAAUGACCAAGUUGCUUUCGGCCAAGAAACAACAAGAUAGCUCCCGAAGGGUUCAGAAAAAGCAAUCCUUUUCCCUCCUAGACCUUUUUGUGAAGGCCGUCACUUUGGUUAUUCCCCGGAGGUAUCAGAAACAACCGAAAGAAAAAGCUGAAGAGACAGAGAGGGAGGCUGAGGGUGAAGGCUACUGGGAAAAUCCAUAUUUGCAAUGGCUCAAGGCGAGCUUUGGUGAAGUAUUUAUCAUCUGGCUUCACAUAAAGACCUUAAGAGUGUUUUCUGAAUCCGUAUUAAGAUAUGGCCUACCAGUGAAUUUUAAGGCAGUACUGCUACAGCCCCAGAAGAAAUCUCCCAAACGUCUCCGGGAAACUCUCAACUCGUCUUUCAAGCAUCUGGAUGAAAUGGCAGCCAGUAUAAUGGAUACCUCUCUAGAUAUCCCUGGGUUACAACUCAGCAACCAGGAUUACUUUCCUUAUGUCUAUUACAACAUUGGCCUUAGAUUUCUUGACUAACUUUUCCCCAUAAAUCAGGCAAUUCUUAACUCUCUCUGA